AUGAAGGUGUUUCUUUUACUCGCAGUGAUUCAAUUGGCUUUGUGUGGAUCGGAUUCGGUCACUUUUCUUGAGCCGGCCACUUUACCUGAAGCAUUCCUCGAGGCGAAUACCAAUGAAAGACUCGCUGCUGCGUGUAUUGACAAACAGCUUGCCCAGUGCCAGUCGAGCUUCAACUGGUAUUUGAACAUCACCGACAAUGCCGAUUGGUCGGACCCCGCGAAGCUCAUUCAUGUGCUUGACACUUUUUAUGACAAGGGAGUCGACGGAGUACUUCAACUGUGCUAUGCUCGUACAAUGUUCCAACAAUGUCUCGGAGAUUCAUACACAGCUUGCCUGCAGCCCACAAAAUUCUUGUCGAACGGAAUCAGCCUCGCCGACGCGUGGACCUACAUUGGAACGAUGAGAGAACUCGAAUUCACGUGCAAUGGAGGAUUUUUGCAAACGAUCUCGCAAUGGAAUUGUCUUCGUGCAAUGAACAAGCUCGGAGAGGAUACCUAUGCACAAUGCAAACAAACAUUCCAAAAUAUCACAACACAGGAUCCAUCAUUGACUUGCCCAGCGUCGGUGGACUUCACCAACUGUGCUCGUGCUCCAUACUAUCUCAAGUGUGGAGCUGAUGCUUCAUGGUGGGAGUGCGAACGAGUGCGGAUCUCGCUGAAUCUCGAUCAAUCUUGUCCGGUGAAUGUCUGCGAGUUUCACCAUUUCUUCGCAUCUUUGACCGACCCCUCAUCCUCCGACAAAAAGCCCAUGACUCACUCGGAGCGACUCGCGCAUACUCAACACAUUUCGAGCGAGAAACUCAACUUUUUGGCGAAACGAGCACGGCAAAUCGAGAAGCGAAUGGGCAAAGAAAAC